AUGAAGAAGAAUGUGAUGUUAGUGGCAAAUCGCUUAAACAGUUGUCCAAAUGAUGUAACAUCAGCAAUUUCUCUUCAUUCCUCAAAUUCCAUUACGCAUAAUUGUAACGUAUCACAAUUGUUACAUGGCAGUUUAACCGAAGAUAAAUCUGUUUGUGGUGAACCGAAGAAAGUUUUAUUUUCAAAUAAAACAUCCCUUAAUAAUAGUAAUAGUAGUAGUAAUUGUUCUAAUAUAAGCAGCAUUCCACCAAUCACUGCAGCUAUGGAUAGUCUUGAUUGGCUUUCUAGACGUAUUGGUCCUGUAAUGACGAUUAAAUAUAUUGUUAAGUAUUUAUUAACUACAUUGACAUUGUGCUAUGAAGGUAAAAGUCAACUAUCUGUUAAUAUUGUCAAUAAUAUUUCAUCUGACAAAUGUUUACAGAUUAAUAAUCGUCCAUUAAUUGGAGAUCGUUCAGCAUUUAGUGUUUUAAGAUGUUUAGUACAGUUAGUACAAAUUUAUGGUGUAUCUAUUGUUAUAGAUAUAUAUUUACCUUAUGUUAUAAAAACAAUCACAUCAAUUAUUACUAAUCUUAAUCCUGUAUUAUCAGAAUGUAUAAAUAUUAAUAAUUUAAAUCAAACUAAUAAUCAUUGUAUAAAUCCAUUGGAAUCUGUUACAAGUAAUGAAGCAAAUGUAUCGACAAUGUUAUUCAAUUUUAAUUAUCAUUAUUUAGCACGACUCGUUGGAGUUCUUACUUUAUUGUAUCAAAUUGUUAUCUAUAUACCGGAUAAUGAACUUGUUGAAUUAUUACAAGAAUCCAUUAUACAAGACAUUCUUAUUAAAGCAGUUCAAAUGUCUGGUCGUUUAGAUAUUAGUUUUCCCGGUGGUGUUAUUGGACGUCGUGCUGUUCUAUAUAAAUUUAUUAAUGUUGUCUAUAUAAUUGGUUUAAGAGUUGGUUUUGAAUUGACACGUACUCAACUAACAUCAAUAUUUCAAGUAUUUUUCGCACUUUUCGAUCGUGUUAUCAAUACUGCUGCUACAAAAUGCAUUUUAAAAGACAAUUGCUUAUUUGAUGGUAAUAAUAAUGAUAAAUUUCAACAACGUUGUGUUGAUGAUCCAGAACUACAGUUCACAGCAACAUCUCAAAUAACAAAUGUAGAAGAGAUUGCACAAAAGGCAAAUCUAACUAAUGUCUUUACUGAAUUAAUUGAAACAUUCGAUUGUGAUCUCGCUCGACUGGCAUAUAUUUCAUUUUGUCAUCUCGCUGGUGGCACAUUUAUUGAUGAUUGUUUAUACAAUACACAAUCUAUUCAAAAAUUAAUUAAUCAACUGCUAUCUAACGAAUCAAAUGAUACACUGAGACAAUCGUGUUCUGGUGAAUCUAAUAAAACAACAAUCAUUUCUAACGAUGCUGCUGUUAACGUUCAAGAUGUUCAAUUGUCAAAUUGUACUAAAAUUGAUUUUGAAGCUACUUUAUUUGCUAGUUCAUCAUUGUGUAACGACUGCAAUUUUCAUUUGCGUGGUGCUUGGCGUCAAGUUAUUUAUGAAGUCCUUGGGACUAGCUCCAACCAGUCAGCUUCCCUUCCAAAGUAUCAUGGUAUACAAGUGGCUGCAUUCACAGGCCAUAUUAACAAAAUCAAUUGUAUCACGCAUUUAAAUACUGAAAAUUGUUUCAUUACAACAAGUCGUGAUAAAACAGUUCAGUUAUGGUCAUUAACUGAUACUUAUAAUUCUGAUCAACAUUCUGUAUCCAUCAAUCAUAAAAUAACUAAUAAUAAUAAUGUGAAUAAUUCAAAUAAAAGUCUACCUAUUGAUUCAAGUAAUCAUGUAGUUGCUCGUCUAGUAUACAGAGCACAUAGAAAAUCUGUAAUUGCUGCGCAUUAUCUGGAACCUUAUCGAUUAGUGGCUUCUGUUGAUAGUUGUCUAAUCUUCUGGGAUCCAUGGAUGGGAAAAACAGUAAGAUCCAGUAAUCAAAGCGAAAAUUCAAGUUGGCAAAAUCUAACUGCAAUAAAUUGUAGUUCUGUUCCUUAUGGAGCUGUUAUCUGUUCUGACCAGUCAGGUUUUGUACACCUUAUAGAUCCUCGUGCUGUGUGUUCCAGAAGAACAGGGAGUUUACGUUUCCAUAGUGGUGCAAAUCUAGCUUCAUUUCUAAUAAACAAAGAACGCUCAAAAUUUGAAACUCCUAUCAAUGAAUCAAUCAAGCAUACAAGAUAUAAUACGAAAUUAUGCUCUCCUACUUUUUACAAUCAGUCUACAAUGGAUUUAUCUAUCACAAAUGUUAUGAUGAACAUAACUAAUCAAUUCCAACCGUAUCAUUUAUCAAUUAAUUCGUUUACUAAUACAAAUAGUAAUUCGCCAAUUUCUUCUCUACUAAGUGCUAAUACAAAUAUGACUGGUUUGUUAAAUUGUUUAACAACUAGUCGAAAUGGUUAUUAUUUAUUGUGUGGUUUUACAACAGGCAUAAUUACUGCAUUAGAUCUACGAAUGGGACAAGUUAUUCACAUAUGGAGAGAAUAUCAGGAUUCAGUAGUUGAUAUUAUCCCACAUCUUUUGAAUGGAUUUAUAUCAUGUAACGAUCGAAGUUUGUCAUUCAUUAAUCCAACUACUUUAUCAAAAUUCAAUCAGGAUUCAUUAUCAACUUCAUAUAGUGAAUUAGAAACUUUUAAUUAUUUACUGAAUAAACCCACAAUUGUUUUAAAACCAAAAUCUAUUCGAAUCCCAUCAACGCUCCAGAAUAUCACAUGUUUAACUAAACAUCAAGAAAAUCCUAUAUUUUGUGCUAAUUCUCUACCUUCAUCAUAUCCAUUACCGAGUACAAGUCGUUUCCCAAUUUUUGGCAGUGGAAGUGGAAUCGGAGGAACAAGUAAUGUAACUACUAACUCAGAUAAAUCAUCAUUGUCAUCCAUAAUAAACGAAACAUCAACUACACCGUUUUCAACUGUUACAACAGUACCACAACCAUACUACAAUACUACUAAUAAUAAUAGUGGAACAAUAUUAGCAACUUGUUCAUAUCCAUUCAAUAAUAAUGAUAAUAAUAAUAUAAAUGAAAACUUUUAUACAUUAGGCAGAAUUUCUUCACAUUUUCUACGUGGUUCCAUUAGUGCCAUUAGUUCAUUAUCAGAAAAUAAUUUAUUAUUAAUAGGAAGUGAUACUGGUGCAUUAAGUUUAUUAUAUUAA